AUGAUCCCCCCGCAGGAGGCGUCCGCCCGGCGGCGGGAGAUCGAGGACAAGCUGAAGCAGGAGGAAGAGACGCUGUCCUUCAUCAGAGACAGCCUGGAGAAGAGCGACCAGCUCACCAAGAACAUGGUGUCUAUCCUGUCCUCCUUUGAGAGCCGCCUUAUGAAGCUGGAGAAUUCCAUCAUCCCUGUGCACAAGCAGACAGAGAACCUGCAGCGGCUGCAGGAGAAUGUUGAGAAGACUCUAUCCUGCCUGGACCACGUCAUCAGCUACUACCAUGUGGCCAGUGACACUGAGAAAAUCAUCAGGGAGGGCCCCACAGGCAGGCUGGAAGAGUAUCUGCGGAGCAUGGCCAAGAUUCAGAAGGCGGUGGAGUAUUUCCAGGACAAUAGCCCAGACAGCCCAGAGCUCAACAAAGUGAAACUGCUGUUUGAGCGGGGGAAGGAGUCUCUGGAGUCCGAGUUCCGCAGCCUGAUGACCAGGCACAGUAAGGUUGUCUCCCCUGUGCUCAUCCUGGAUCUGAUCAGCGGUGAGGACGAGCUGGAGGUCCAGGAGGAGGUGCCCCUGGAGCACCUGCCCGAGGGAGUGCUCCAGGAUGUGAUCCGCAUCUCCCGCUGGCUGGUGGAAUACGGCCGCAACCAAGAUUUCAUGAAUGUCUACUACCAAAUUCGCUCCAGCCAGCUAGACCGCUCCCUCAAGGGCCUGAAGGAACACUUCCGGAAGAGCAGUUGUUCCUCUGGGGUGCCCUACUCCCCUGCUAUCCCCAACAAGAGGAAAGACACGCCCACCAAGAAGCCCACCAAGAGGCCAGGGACGAUCCGUAAGGCUCAGAACCUUCUGAAACAGUAUUCCCAGCAUGGUCUAGAUGGGAAAAAGGGGGGCUCUAACCUCAUUCCUCUGGAAGGUCACGAGCAUGAUUUCCGAGUUAAGCACCUGUCGGAGGCCCUGAACGACAAGCACGGGCCGCUGGCUGGUGAAUGGGAGUGCAUGCCUGGCUCUCAGGGCCUGGGCCAAGGGGAGAAGUUGCUGCUACUUGGAAGCUGUGCCCUCGCCCCACUCUCUCAGGAUGCGCUGGAUGGGCUGAUGCUGGAAGGAGAGAACAUCGUGUCUGCUGCCCGGAAAGCCAUCAUCCGGCACGACUUCUCUGCCGUGCUCACCGUCUUCCCCAUCCUGCGGCACCUCAAGCAGACCAAGCCCGAGUUUGACCAAGUGCUCCAGGGAACGGCCGCCAGCACCAAGAAUAAGCUGGCCGGCCUCAUCACCUCCAUGGAGACCGUGGGAGCCAAGGCACUGGAAGACUUUGCUGACAACAUCAAGAAUGACCCGGACAAGGAAUACAACAUGCCCAAGGAUGGCACCGUGCAUGAGCUCACGAGCAACGCCAUCCUCUUCCUACAGCAGCUCCUGGACUUCCAGGAGACGGCUGGUGCCAUGCUGGCCUCCCAAGUUCUCGGGGACACAUACAAUAUUCCUUUAGACCCCCGAGAGACCAGUUCCUCAGCCACCAGCUACAGCUCUGAGUUCAGCAAGCGCCUGCUGAGCACGUAUAUCUGUAAAGUCCUGGGCAACCUGCAGUUGAACUUGCUGAGCAAGUCCAAGGUGUAUGAGGACCCGGCUCUGAGCGCCAUCUUCCUGCACAACAACUACAACUACAUCCUCAAGGCCCUGGAGAAAUCCGAGCUGAUCCAGCUGGUGGCCGUGACCCAGAAGACUGCCGAGCGCUCCUACCGGGAGCACAUCGAGCAGCAGAUCCAGACCUACCAGCGCAGCUGGUUAAAGGUGACUGACUACAUCUCUGAGAAGAAUCUACCUGUAUUCCAACCAGGAGUCAAGCUGAGGGACAAGGAGCGGCAGAUGAUCAAGGAGCGGUUCAAGGGCUUCAACGAUGGCCUUGAAGAAUUGUGCAAAAUCCAGAAGGCCUGGGCUAUUCCUGACACGGAGCAGAGAGACAAGAUUCGCCAAGCUCAGAAAAACAUCGUCAGGGAGACCUAUGGGGCCUUUCUGCACAGGUAUGGCAGCGUGCCCUUCACCAAGAACCCUGAGAAGUACAUCAAGUACCGCGUGGAACAGGUGGGCGACAUGAUCGAGCGCCUCUUUGACACCUCUGCCUGAGCCUGCUACUGCUCCUGCCUGGCUCUGCCAGGUCAGCCAUGUUAUUGGACAGA